AUGCCCUCAAUAUCAUACCAAACCAUCCCCGGCCCCGUCGGCGACAUCCUAAAAAAUGCCUCUCUCUCCACAACUGCAACAAUCCCUGUCUCACCGACUACAUCGCUAGUCUUCACAACCAGCCACAUCGGGCUGGACCUGGAGACCGGGGUGCUGGUGAACGAGACAGCCGCCGCUGAAUUCAAAGCCAUAUUUAACUGUCUGGACGCGGCGCUACGAAAUGCGGGAGUUUCAGCGGGCUUAAAGCAGGCGUUUAAAGUCGUGAGUUACUUGGUGAAUGCCGAAGAUGAGGGGGUUAUGCAGCGCGUGUGGAAGGAGAUGUACCCUGGCCAUGCACCGACCUGGACGCUGGUUAUUGUCAAGGAGAUUAAUGUUCCUGGUAUGAGGGCUGAGAUGACGGCUGAGGCUGCGUUGUUUCAUUCUUAG